UGCAAAAAUGACGUAAGUGAAUAUAUCUACUCGUUUUUGUUUCAUAUUUCCAUAGUUUUAUAAAUUAAUUUUUAACCUCUGCUUAACCAUUUGGCAUCAAAAUUUUUCACAAUUUUCACUUUUGAUUUCAAAAUUAAUUUCCCGGUGAUAAAUUUUAAUUUUUAAAUUCAACCAUCUUUUCAAUAUGAGAGAAAUGAUUCAUGUUCAGAUAGGUCAAUGCGGAAAUAGCAUUGGAUCAAAGUUUUGGGAAGUACUUACCGACGAACAUGGUAUAAAUGCUGAUGGAAAUUAUAUCGGAACAUCCGAUGUGCAAUUAAAGUACAUCAAUGUUUUCUUCAAGCAAGGAAUGGGUGGACGAUAUGUUCCAAGAUCGUUGAAUGUUGAUCUCGAUCCGGGAAGUUUGGAAAUGGUGAAAUCUGGACCAAAUGGUAGAAUUUUUUCCCCCGACAGUUUUAUAAGUUCCUCCAAUGGUGCUGCGAAUAAUUUUGCAAAAGGAUAUUUCACCGAAGGCGCUGAAUUGGCAAAUGAGACGCUCGACAUUAUUCGACUCGAGGCGGAAAAUUGUGAUUUAAUUCAAGGAUUUCAAGUGAUACAUUCCCUUGGAGGUGGCACUGGAUCAGGAAUGGGAACACGACUCAUGACCCAUUUGAAGGAAGACUAUUCGGAUAGAAUAGUAAAAAGUUAUUCCGUGAUUCCCUCGCCAAAAGUGUCGAAUACCAUUGUCGAGCCUUACAAUGCAAUUUUAACUCUGAGCCUCUUGACGGAAAUAACUGACGAGACAUUUUGUAUUGAUAACGACGCACUCUAUCAUAUACUCACAAAGAAUAUGGAAAUCGUAUCGCCAACAUAUCCCGAUAUGAAUCAUUUAAUAUCCAAUUGCAUUGCUGGAAUUACCGCAAGUCUCAGAUUUCCAGGACAAUUGAAUAUGGACCUAAGGAAGUUAUUAGUGAAUAUGGUUCCAUUUCCGAAAUUACAUUUCUUUGUUCCUGGAUUUGUACCCCUAAUGACGCGUAAUGCAGGCUCUUAUCGAAUGGAAACAGCUUCGGAAUUGACGCGACAAAUAUUCGAGGCAAAUAAUAUGCUUGCAUUUUGUGAUCCACAGAAGGGACGGUUUAUAACAGUUGGCAUCAUUUUUCGUGGUAAUCUCUCUUCAAAGGAAAUAGAGGAAGAAAUAUGCAAAAUUCGAUUCAAGACAAGUUCGUGUUUCAUGAAUUGGCUACCAAAUUCAGUGAAAGUUGCAAUGUGUGAUAUUCCACCCCGGGGUUUGAAUUCGAGUGCAACUGCAAUUAUAAACUCGACUGCAAUUCAAGAAGUAUUUCGAAGAGUCGAUAAUUCUUUCACGAGAAUGUUCCAAAAGAGAGCCUACCUACAUUGGUAUUUAGGAGAAGGAAUACAUGAGGACGAUUUUAUUGAGGCACAGAAUAAAAUUCAGGAACUAAUAUUCGAGUACCAACAGCAUCAGGAAGGUGGGACGAAUUUCGGAGAUCUUGACGAAGACGACGAGGAAGAAAGCAAUCAAAAUGAUAAUGAGAAUGAUGAAGAUGAUAAUGACGAUGAUGAACAUGAAUAAAUUCGAUGUUUCCUCAUUUGCCCUGU